AUGAUUACCAACAAUGACGCGACAGCCUACAGAGUAGGUGAGACCCUGUCCCCCUCACCCCACCACCAGGUGAGACCCUGUCCCCCUCACCCCACCACCAGCACCGUGCUGGUGAAGCAGGACUCAACCUCCUCUUUCAGCACCGUGCUGGUGAAGCAGGACUCAACCUCCUCUUUCAGCACCGUGCUGGUGAAGCUGGACUCAACCUCCUCUUUCAGCACCGUGCUGGUGAAGCUGGACUCUGUUUCCUCUUUCAGCACCGUGCUGGUGAAGCAGGACUCAACCUCCUCUUUCAGCACUGUGCUGGUGAAGCAGGACUCAACCUCCGCUUUCAGCACCGUGCUGGUGAAGCAGGACUCAACCUCCUCUUUCAGCACCGUGCUGGUGAAGCAGGACUCAACCUCCUCUUUCAGCACCGUGCUGGUGAAGCAGGACUCUGUUUCCUCUUUCAGCACCAUGCUGGUGAAGCAGGACUCAACCUCCUCUUUCAGCACCGUGCUGGUGAAGCAGGACUCAACCUCCUCUUUCAGCACCGUGCUGGUGAAGCAGGACUCAACCUCCUCUUUCAGCACCGUGCUGGUGAAGCAGGACUCAACCUCCUCUUUCAGCACCGUGCUGGUGAAGCAGGACUCAACCUCCUCUUUCAGCACCGUGCUGGUGAAGCAGGACUCAACCUCCUCUUUCAGCACCGUGCUGGUGAAGCAGGACUCUGUUUCCUCUUUCAGCACCGUGCUGGUGAAGCAGGACUCUGUUUCCUCUUUCAGCACCGUGCUGGUGAAGCAGGACUCUGUUUCCUCUUUCAGCACCGUGCUGGUGAAGCAGGACUCAACCUCCUCUUUCAGCACCGUGCUGGUGAAGCAGGACUCUGUUUCCUCUAUCAGCACCAUGCUGGUGAAGCAGGACUCAACCUCCUCUUUCAGCACCGUGCUGGUGAAGCAGGACUCAACCUCCUCUUUCAGCACCGUGCUGGUGAAGCAGGACUCAACCUCCUCUUUCAGCACCGUGCUGGUGAAGCAGGACUCAACCUCCUCUUUCAGCACCAUGCUGGUGAAGCAGGACUCAACCUCCUCUUUCAGCACCGUGCUGGUGAAGCAGGACUCAACCUCCUCUUUCAGCACCAUGCUGGUGAAGCAGGACUCAACCUCCUCUUUCAGCACCGUGCUGGUGAAGCAGGACUCUGUUACCUCUUUCAGCACCGUGCUGGUGAAGCAGGACUCUGUUUCCUCUUUCAGCACCGUGCUGGUGAAGCAGGACUCAACCUCCUCUUUCAGCACUGUGCUGGUGAAGCAGGACUCUGUUUCCUCUUUCAGCACCGUGCUGGUGAAGCAGGACUCAACCUCCUCUUUCAGCACCGUGCUGUGA